AUGACCAACAGUUUGGUCUCCAUAAUUCUUGUGGUUGUGUUUUGUGGGUUAGCUGCUGGAACCAGAACAACAUUGUUCUUGACAGAAGCUCAGGAUGCUGUGUCUGCAGUGGCUGAUGAUGGCAUUUGCAAGUCGAUGGUCGAGACACAAGGCUAUUUUUGCGAGGAACACAUGGUGACAACUCGAGAUGGUUAUAUUCUCAGCAUACAGAGAAUUCCAGUAGGACAGUCAGGAAAGACAUCGGGGAAGAGGGCACCAGUCUUGCUGCAGCACGGGCUCCUGAUGGAUGGGAUAACAUGGCUGCUCAGUCCUCCAGAUCAGUCUUUAGCAUUGCUCUUAGCAGAUAAUGGGUUUGAUGCUUAUUGGGAUUGGACAUGGGAUGAAUUGGUAGAUUAUGAUCUUCCUGCUAUAUUUCAGUAUGUUCAUGAUCAAACAGGGCAGAAACUGCACUAUGUUGGGCAUUCCCUGGGAACUUUGAUUGCUCUGGCUUCUUUUUCAAAAGGGCAGCUGGUGGAUAUGCUAAGAUCGGCUGCCUUGCUUAGUCCAAUUGCUUAUGUAGGUCAAGUGACCUCCCCAUUAGCAAGAAAUGCUGCAGAUAGUCUUCUUGCAGAAGCGUUAUAUUGGCUUGGUAUCAAUGAAUUCAAUCCAAGAGGGAAGGCAGUAAUUGAACUUCUUAAGCAUAUUUGCCAGAAGGCAGGUGUUGAUUGCACUAACAUGUUAACGUCUUUCACAGGUCAGAACUGCUGCCUGAACUCUACCAUAGUAACUGUUUUCCUAGAACAUGAGCCUCAGUCAACCUCAACCAAGAACAUGAUCCAUAUCUCUCAGAUGAUAAGAGAAGGAACCAUCAGAAUGUAUGACUAUAAAGAUGAGGAUGAGAACAGGAAACAUUAUGGACAACCGACUCCUCCAGCUUACAACAUGAAAAGCAUACCAAAUGACCUUUCUCUCUUCCUCAGCUAUGGAGGUGCAGAUGCACUUUCUGAUGUGAACGACGUUCAGCUCUUGCUGGACAACCUCAAGGAUCAUGAUGGAGAUAAGCUUGUUGUUCAGUACAUAGAGAAUUACGCUCAUGCAGAUUAUGUUAUGGGUGUGAAUGCUAGGCAAGCUGUGUAUGAUCCUCUCAUGGCUUUCUUUAAGCUUCAAUGAAAACUUGACUGAAAGAAAAAAGAAGAAAUUGAGUGUGAACUACUGUUUUUUUUU